AUGUUCUGUUUCCAGGUUCAUGUGGGGUGCAACAUUCUCAUACCAUGUAGCAAGUUGAAGUUCGUGUUCAAAGCUACGUGCGAUUCGAAGUGUGCCAAAGAUGCAUCGAGGACGAUCUGGACGACGCCUCAACUACUUGAACGAAGUGUGAGCGGCAGGCCCUGCAACAGGUUCAAAAAACUGGGUGCUCAGGGGAAGAUUCCGAUGACGCCGGAAAAGAAGAUUGCUGUUCGCAACAUGUUGGAGAAGUACAUACGCGACCAUCCAACACAACAAGAGACCAAAAUAAUGCUGGACAAAGAAUUGAAGCCAGAAGAGAAAGCAGUCGCUACUGCUAAAAUUCGGGCCGACCGGCUGAAGAAUACAAACAAGUAUAUCUCUGAGCUGGUCAAUGACCUAACGAAGAAACACAGAAUCAAGCGAGCCCUUCUUGCAGAACAGAGUGAGUUGCCUGGCAGUGAUUGUGCCUGAAAACACAGAAAAGAAGAGGUGUCAAGUGAAAGAGGACAAUAAAACGAGGUUUUGUUUAUAAAUUAA